UCCGAGCCAAAUAUACAAUGAACGUGGGCCUCACCUUCGAAGUUCUACUAUACUUAAACUCCUAUUAUUUCGGACUCUUCGCCGUCUGCGAGAUCGGCAUCAACGUGGUGAAAGCGAUAAACCAGCCACUGCCAAGCUUCGGAACAGAUUUGGGUAUACUGCUGGGGGUCUGCGUGCUGGAGGUGUUCAGGGUAAUCAUAGCAAGGAAAGGCAACCUCACUGAGAAAUGGUGGUCCGUGUUUGCAGCUUUGCUUUUCACCGUCCCCUCAGCACUUGGGGUAGUUUACUUCCUGUUGUGGCAAAGCUUUGUGAUCAGAUUCGAGUACAUCAUGUGCGCCAUCCAGUUGACCCUUCAGGCCAUGGAGAUAUUCUUUGGCAUUUUAGUGCUGCUGCCCAUCUGCAAGACACCAGAGUAUUAUUAGCCUUAAAAUACGAUUUAGGAUGCCCAAAAGAGAGAAAGGUUUCUGUGAUGUAGAUGAUGACCAGAAGGAGAUUCUGAAGUAUUAGCAACACCAAUUGUAACAAAAAUAAUUCCAACCAAGAAGGAAACCAAAGAUCCAAUGUGAUUCAAAACUCUAGUCCAAUUAGAUUUUAGGAUGUUACUCGAGUAGAUUAGAUAUACAAUAUUUAUAUAUAUACACUCACACACUUCUAUAUAUAUAUAUAUGUACACAAAUAUAUAUAUUUUCAUUCCAUGACUGAUAUUUUUCGAGUAUGUCAAUUACAAUAAUGCAAAUA